UCCCUGCUGGGAUUUUUACCGUGUCUGUGCAACACCCCCAGUGUCGCGGCCGUGCAGACGUCGGGGCAGAGGCGGUGUUUUUGUGGCUGCGCUCUUAACGACGGCGGCUUUUUGGCGAUGAGUGGAGGUGCUGGCGGCGAGGUCAUUUUGGUGCCGGGGAAAUUCCCGAAGGGUCCUUCCUCCCCCUUUCUUUGUUGCUUGUUUGCAGACAAGUUUCACUGCGACUGGGCAGAACAGGUCGAAUCGUGUGGAUGCGACGGGCCGUACGAGGGUCUGAUGCUGCGUUGCUGUGCACCUUGUUUCUCUAUUCCGGCUACGCCUGACGCCCUUUUGCGAGGGGGCAUCUGA